ACUUCACAGAGUAUCUAUCCGACUUGUUGCAAUUGUUUCUCAUAAUUUAUUAGUUGAAUAGUAUUUAUUAAUAUCUGUAUUUACAGUAAAUAGAGGAAAUUCUUGAACUAGGACUGCCUGAAUUCUUUCUAGCUCGUAAACACACACAUACAAAAAAGCCUUUACCAUUUUAAUUGAAAGUUCUGACUGUUUGUUUGGUGUGUCAACAACUUUUUUGUUUGCACUGACUUUGAUUAAAUGUUUCAGAGACAAAGACCAGGAUCAUAGAGUCAGACUGAGAUAAGGAACCUAGCAGUGUGUGCAGUCUAAUAUCUGGAGCAAUUAAUCAAAUAAAAAACGUCGCUGGCAGGACGACAGCCCUUCUUUCUGAAAAACUGUGAAGGGGCACUUCCUUAUUUGCUCCCUAAAAGGUUAUAAAAUGAGUAAUCAGUCCACUGAACCCUUCACUGUUUCCUGCUUCCACCUCUGUUGACACACUAACACACUCUCCGUCACACACAUCUGUUCAGAGGCACUUUUCAUCAUGGGGAACUUUGCUGCCAAUGAGGGACUCUCCAUCUUUGUUAUUCUGGUAUGGCUGGGGAUCAAUGCCUUCCUGUUUGUCCAUUUCUACAUGGCCUUCCUGGUGCCGAGAUGGUUUUACACCAGGGUCCUGCUUGGGCAAGCUCUCUCCUGGGCCAGAGCUCCUGCUGCCUGCCUCAACUUCAACUGCAUGCUCAUUCUGUUGCCAGUUUGCCGAAACCUGCUCUCCUUCCUCCGUGGCUCCAUUCAGUACUGCAGCCGCACAGCAGCCCGUCAACUAGAUCGGAACCUCACGUUUCACAAACUGGUGGCUUACAUGAUCGCCUUCCAUACAGCUGUGCACAUUGUUGCACACUUGUUCAACUUUGAGUAUUUCAUGGACGCCCAGCUGAACCGCAACAGCAGCUUUCUGCCCUUUGUCCUGUCUGAAAUCGGCACCGACGACAAUGCCUCCUUCCUGAACCCCAUUAGGACCAACGAGACGAACCCUACCAUCGUCAUGUUCACCACUAUCGCCGGGUUGACGGGCGUGGUCAUCACGCUAGCCCUCAUCCUCAUCAUCACUUCAUCCAUGGAGGUCAUCCGCAGGUCCUACUUCGAGGUGUUCUGGUACACCCACCAUCUCUUUGUCAUCUUCUUCAUCGGACUGGUUUUCCACGGCUACGGGCGGAUUGUGCGAGGUCAGACGGCCGCUAGCCAGAUCACAAACGUCCCAGAGGAAUGUGCUGACCAGUUUGAAGACUGGGGUAAAAACGGGUCCAGCUGUGCUGUACCAGAGUUUGCUGGAAACCCACCGAUGACGUGGAAAUGGGUGGUGGGCCCCAUGAUCCUCUAUGUGUGUGAGAGGCUCGUCCGCAUCUAUCGAUCCCACCAGAAAGUGGUCAUCACCAAGGUGGUGAUGCACCCCUCCAAGACUCUGGAGCUGCAGAUGAAGAGGAAAGGUUUCCACAUGGAGGUGGGUCAGUACGUCUUCAUCCAGUGUCCGUCCGUUUCCCGGCUGGAGUGGCACCCCUUCACCCUGACCUCCGCCCCCGAGGAGGACUUCUUCUGCGCCCACAUCCGUAUCGUUGGAGACUGGACUCAGGCGCUGUACGAGGCCUGCGGAGGAGACAAAACUGAGCCUCAGGAGGCCUGGAAACUGCCCAAGCUGGCCAUAGACGGCCCGUUUGGUACAGCCAGCGAAGACGUGUUUCGUUAUGAGGUGGUGAUGCUGGUGGGCGCGGGGAUCGGCGUGACUCCCUUCGCCUCCAUCCUCAAGUCUGUGUGGUACAAACGCAUCCAGAACAACCAGGACGUCUUCACCAAGAAGAUCUACUUCUACUGGCUCUGCCCGGAGACCCAGGCUUUCGAGUGGUUUGCAGACCUGCUGCAGUCUCUGGAGGGUCAGAUGGCGGAGAAGGGAGUGACCGACUUCCUCAGCUACAACAUCUACCUCACCCGCUGGAAGGACACCGAGGCGGCUCACUUCCGUGUUCACCACGAGGCGGAGAACGACCCAAUUACAGGACUCAAACAGAAGACUCUUUAUGGGAAACCCAACUGGGACAACGAGUUCACCAACAUUGCAUCAAAGCACCCGGGAACUAAAGUGGGAGUCUUCCUGUGUGGUCCGCCUCAGCUGGGGAAGUCUCUGGAGAAACAGUGUAUGUCCCACACAGAGGGCGGCAUCAAGUUCAUCUUCAACAAAGAAAACUUCUAAACAGAAAUCUCCAGCCGCAAGAGAGAGGAAACUUCCCAAGUAGCAGCGGGGCCACGGAUUCAGAUGGUUGUUUUAUGUUUUUGAAUGUAUUAGAAGGAACUGUAACUACUGGCAGCUCAUCCCCGACCUCCUUCUUCUUCUUCUCCUCUUUGCUUCUCACCACAGACGUUAUGCAAAGACGCCCCUCUUGCUCAAAAUGCUCUGUAUUUUCCACAUUACCUCGUUCCCCUUUUCUGUUACAACAAUAAGUGAAACUCGGCUGGUUUCAAAACUUUCCUUCCUUUUCUCUAUUUCGCUGGUUGCUACAGUCAAGCUGCUGUGAUACUCGUGCCAAUCUUAGGGAGUCAAAAGAAAUGCAAGAUAAACUGCAAAAUCACCCUGAAGCAAGGCAUUAAAGCUUUGUCUGCUACAGCGGAGCUGUUGAGUUGCUUCCAGGAUGUGACUCAGUGAUUUCUGUGCAGUGAACAGCCAUGUGUAUUUAUAUGUUCACUCUUAUCAGAUUCACUGCACACGAGUAGAAGGUGCGUGAGUCCUGGACGAGGCUUUUACAGACCAUGAGUGGAUUUUUUUGUUUGUUUGUUUGUUGUCUGGAUUGGUUUGAAAAAAUUGUGUGAGUGAUCAUUUCCAGACAUGUCUGAGAAAGUGACUAAAUGUCUUUAUGGACAUUUUCCAAAAGCAUUCAAGCGUAGAUGUGUAGAAAGCAAGACUGAUGUAUGGAACAGUAGGCUAUUGUUCAUUUUGUUGAUUAGAGAUGUGAUGAACCCCUAAAAAUGAUAUAUACUGUAUAUUUAAUGUACAUACAAACAUUCAAAUAGAUUUAAAGAAGUCACCACUUCAAAGUACACGUUUACAUAGUCAGGGGUUAUUAUUGUGGCGUAUUUACCCAGCAGAUAUAAUAUAGUACUAAUGAUAGUUAGGCAUGUUAAGCUUUAUAUAACUUUAGCAUUUUGGACUGUUUGUCAGAUAAAAUUAGACAUUGUGCAAACUUAUUUAUUACCGUAAAACUUCAAUUAAUAGCCCAGCCCAUUUAGAUUUUCUUAAAUCUAAAUGAAUACGUUCGUGCUCAUUGUUUCUGUGAAAUGAACUCAACUACUGAAAUGUGCAGAAUCUAACUGAACUAACGACGUGUCGCAUCUUCACAAUGACAACAGUUUUACAAACAUUUAUAUUUGCAUGCACGAUCUUAAGCAGCUUAUUAAAAGCUUAAGCAGGCGACCCAGCGGGCUGUAUGAGUUUUUAUACAUCCAAACUAGACCAGGCGUCUAAAUGAGACCUGCGUUUAUUUUUAAAUACUACAAUGUGGAUGUUUUGAAACUAUGGGAAAAUUCCAGUAAGUAACCACAGCUCGCCGCCCCAGCUUCAGAAAGUUGACUUUUCUUUGUCAAAAAAAAUUGUCUGCAAUGGUGAAACCAAACAGUGGCUAAGUGGCUGCAGAACUUCCUACAAAUAUUUUUAUUAUGUACAAGAGGUGUUUUUCAUAAUGUCCGUAAAUGUAACGGUAUAAAUGGGUGGUUUGUUCAUUGGUAUUUUGUGAAAAUAUCCCCAUUUGUUAAACCAAUCAGACUACUUUGUGUCAUCUUUACGUGUUCUUCUGCACUGCAAACAAGUGAAUUUCUGUUUUUGGAUAAUGAACUUGAACUUACACACAGAAGUGUCGCAGUUUUUUCAGUGUAAAUGAUUUUGCAAAUCAUGAUUUGUAAACAAAAAUGGGAACAACCUUUGGAUGGCUUUUCUUUUUUUUUUUUAAUUACCGGACACUUUGUGAUCCAUCCACACUAGUAUUUCAGGGAUUUAAUGUAAUUUUAAUAUCCGCAUCAGUCAUAAUGACUGAAGUUUAAGUUUUCAGUGUUUCUUUUUCUCUUUAUUCCCACAACAGUCCUCCCUGAACAGCACAAACAUGUUCUUCUGUGGACAAACGCAGCUUUCAGCCAGCGCAUUCAUCAUUUAACUGAACAUUAAACAACUUUUCUAACUUCAA